AUGUCUGGUGGCCAUGAAGACGACUCGCCCAUUGACGUGCCUGAGCCGCCACCGGUAUUCUUUGUGUUGGGUUCUGUGCCGGCCAUUAUCCGGUGCUGGCUCACAAAGGAUUUUGCCAACAACACUCUAAUAUAUGCAGCAGUCUGCACUGGCGCCCGAAAAUCGACAAUCGAUUUCUCCCUCGUCAAGGAGCUUGGCUUAGAUGACCUUGUCUAUCGCGAGGUCGACAACUCUUUCAAGAUCCAUCUGCAGACAUACCUUGCAGAGGCCAUUCCCGCAACGAAAUCGACAGUCCCCGUUCCACAAAUCCCCUUCCUCGCAAUCAACUUUGAGGUUGUCGGGGCGGAACAUAUUGCUGAUAGUGAAAAUAACAAUGGUAUCCGUAUCUUCAUCGGCAGUGAUGCCCUCCGGGCUCACAGUGCGGACAUCCUGUUUUCGCGGAACCUCCUAUCCGUGUACAGCAGUGAGCGAGAGAAGCUGACAGUCCCCUUUGUUCGGCCUGAAAACGACGCUCUGUUUAAGAACCUAUGCACGGUCAGCGCCGUUCCAGGUCGGCUCAAACUCAAUGCUGCUGCUGCAGAAUUUGUUUCCAGCGAUGCCAAGUCCCGUGACAGCAUCAACGGCGCUGACGACGAGCACAACCGCCUGGACGAAUACGACGACGAUGAGUUGGACAGCUUACCUGAUGAUGAGUCACGGCACUUCCAUGGCCAGCAAGAUGACAAUGCCGACCAGGAAGGUCCACAUCUCCGUCGUGGACCACCUGGCCUUCAGAAUCUUUCGGGUACUGCUGGCAACUCCAGUAUCCUGACCCCUGGUGCGAUCUCUCCAACGUCGGCCCAUCCCAUCCCGCCUGCGAAGUGGCACGAGGGAGCCUCUGGUGCUGCUUCUGAGAAUGGGGCCGAGGGUGAAAAGGUACCUCGAAACUCUACCAGCUCAGACUACUCGGGGAAAGAUGCGGGUCCCAACGCGGAUGGCGGUCGCCGUGAUGCGAGCGCCAUCUGGGGCUCGUGGCGUCAAGGUGGUUCCACUACAGGUAGCGACGGUGGGCACCGAGAGAAUGGUCCUUUGAGUGGGUACCAGCCGGCUGGGCGCUCCCGAACAAUGAAAGUUCUCAAACCAAAGGUUGGCAACGGUUCAACAUCCGCUCGAACCGGAUCCUCGUAUGAGCCUCCGCCGCCCCCUCGCUCGAGCGGCGAGCAUCGCCGAAAGAGCCAAGGACCUUCUGGCACGGCCGUCUCUGCAAAUGAGGGCGGCAGCGGAAGUGGCGGGGGCAACAAUGCGGCCAGUGUGGGAAACGGUGGCGGCACCACGACGGGAGGCAGCGCGACGCCCUCAAAUGUGAUUCGGUGGGAAUCCAAGCGCAGCAUCAGCAGUAGCAAUGCGGCCGCGCACAACGCUGGGCAUGGGAAAGAAAACAAGGCCCAGCAAGGCCUUGCCGCGCUGGAGCUCCGGAACAACACUUCUUCGGCGCCUCGGACGUCCAACCCUGUUGGCGGCGCCUCUGCAUUUGCAUGGAUGAAAUCGUCCAGGCCGCAACCUUCUUCAGCCGAGUGA